GGGGCGACAAAUCACACAGCUGUUGCCUGCGGUUCCCGCAGGUCGGCAGAGAAAGAAGCAUUAAAAACUCGAGUCUCGUCAGUGAAAAUCAGUAGCACCAGCGGAGCAGACGCAGGGGUUCUGUGUGUGUAUGUUUGUAUGUAAGUAAGUGUGUGUGUGUGUGAGAGAGAGGGGACGAGAGGACGAUCAACCGCCACCGUCACGGCUCGACAUAGGUGACUAAAACUAAACACGUGUACGACCAGUCUCCACAGUUUUAAAGAAGAGCCUGAGUUCGAGGCAGGAUUAGAUUUCUUCAGUUGACCAACACAAAACCAGAUUUCAACUUCCAAGGAACUGGACGGCCGACACUUCCUGUUACGCUGUUUACGUCGUCAGCUGCUCUGCCAUCUGCUGAUGCCCAAAUUGUCAGUGCACAGGGCAGCAGACGAGACUAUGGCCCAGGAGACCAAUCAGAGCCCCGUUCCUAUGCUCUGCGCCACCGGGUGUGGUUUCUAUGGCAAUCCCAGGACUAAUGGCAUGUGCUCGGUGUGUCAUAAGGAACACCUGUCACGUCAAAACAAUGGUGGUGUCACUUCUCUGAGUGUCGUGGGUAAGACCUGCUGUGUUUUCCUUCUACACGUGUUGGGGGGGGGGGGGAACACGACCCCCGCCUGCUGCAGCUGCUCCAGGCCCGCCGUUGCCGCAGCGGAGGCUGCGACCGAAGCUGCCUCGUCAUGUGAGGCUGUAGCUGCAGAGGCUCUUAGCGGGAUGUCGACACCCAGUUCUGUGACACAGCAGCUGACCGAGAUGAGUCUGUCCUGUGAGGAGAGUCAAGUGGAUCUGACAGAACCAGUAGUGAGUCAGCCCACCGUCUCUCUGCAUCCCCCCUCCACUGCUGGCAGUGAAGAGUCCAAAACCUUAGACGCCCCGAAACCUAAAAAGAACCGCUGCUUCAUUUGCCGCAAGAAGGUCGGACUCACAGGCUUUGACUGCCGCUGUGGGAACCUGUUCUGUGGAAUCCACCGUUACUCCGACAAACACAACUGUCCGUACGAUUACAAAGCCGAAGCCGCCGCCAAGAUCCGCAAAGAGAACCCGGUGGUGGUCGCCGACAAGAUUCAAAAAAUAUGAAUAACUCUGGAGUUUGACUUUGGGAGAGGAAAAAAAAAAAAAAAAAAA